CGAAAGAGGAGGAGGAGGAGGGGGCAGACGGGAGAGAGAGUUGCACGGAGUGAGUGGAAAAAGAAAAAGUCCGUGGAAAGAGAGGGAGAAAAGUGGAUCGGGCAUUUCAGCCUUCUCGUUUGUUUUGAUUCUGUCUGCUUCGCCUCGUGUUUCAACCGUGAAGGCUCGAAUAUGCAACUUCGCAGCGUCUAUGAAGUAAUCAGGAGUUCAGCGCGGACACGGUGCUCCUCCAUCGGCACGACGCGCUCCGAUAUCUGACCGUAAAAGAGCGAGUCUGUCCGGCCACAAGGCAACAACUAGCGUCCUCCACGUUGGGGAGGAAAAGCAAAACAGCAAAACUACAAACAAACCGGGGGAGGACGAGUGAAGGGGCUGGAUUUGAGGAGGAAAAGUUUACAGAGGAGUUUUGUGUGUGUGUGCGCGAUCCUGAGCUCGCCGAGAGGAAGAAGUUAAUUUCAUCUCUCUUUCUCACUCACUCUCUUUCUCAGUUAGCACGACUGCUAACGAAGCGGCUAUACUCUCCAACAUGAAGACCCCGGGCGAUACGGGGUUUGCCUUCCCAGACUGGGCCUACAAGCCGGAGUCGAGUCCUGGUUCCAGACAGAUCCAGCUGUGGCACUUCAUCCUGGAGCUCCUGCGGAAGGAGGAGUAUCACGAUGUCAUCGCCUGGCAGGGAGAUUACGGCGAGUUUGUCAUCAAAGACCCGGACGAGGUGGCACGACUAUGGGGCGCCCGCAAGUGCAAGCCCCAGAUGAAUUACGACAAGCUCAGUCGAGCGCUCAGAUACUACUACAACAAAAGGAUCUUGCACAAAACCAAAGGGAAAAGAUUCACCUACAAGUUCAAUUUCAACAAGCUGGUGCUGGUCAACUAUCCGUUCAUUGACAUGGGCUCUGCAGGUUCUGGAGUUCCACAAAGUGCUCCACCUGUCCCAUCUGGCGUCAGCACUCAUUUCCGUUUCCCUCCAUCCACACCAUCGGAUGUCCUUUCUCCUAGUGAGGAACUACGCAGUCCUGGUGUCUUCAGUGCUGUGCCUCGACGCAUAGCUCGUGGCUCUGUCUCUGACUGCAGCGAUGGCACCUCCACCAACUCAGAGCUUGAGGAAACUGGCAUGGCUCCUGGCGAUGACCGCCCGGCUGACCGUGCCUUCAGAAACCUGCUCCACCCACGCUUGUCCCAUGAUUCAUUGUUCCGUGUCUAUGGCGCACCGCCCAACCCAACUGGCCUCCCCAGGAGUGGGCCCCAUGUGCCACCUCACCGGAUGCACCCUGAACCCUUGUCCCCAUUCCCAGUGUCCCCUCUCCCAGGCCCUGGGGGCUUGUUGCCUCCUACUCUUUCUCCAGCUCUCUCCAUGACCCCUACAUCUCACAUGCCCUACACACCCUCUCCAUCUCUGUCACCCAUGCUGGGCUCCCACUUCUCGUUCAAUCCAGAAGACAUGAAGCGCUACCUGCAAGCUCACACUCAGAGUGUGUACAACUAUCAUCUGAGUCCUCGUGCAUUCCUGCACUAUCCCAACAUUGUCAUCCCCCAGCCCCAGCGCCCAGACAAGGGACUGGGUGGGCCAGCAGGUGUAGGUCCACACCUAACAAGUCACCCUCUGCACCACCAGGCUGAUGAGCCUCAUCUAUCUCCUUUCAAGUUCAAGCUACAGCCACCACCACUGGGCCGCAAACAGAGGGAAGGGCCAACCCAGACUGGAGGAGGGCAUGCUCCAAAUUCUGGAAGUGCUGCUGCUUCCUUCCCAUACAGUGGGGAGUCUGGUUCAGCCUCAAAUUCCUCCUCGUCUGGGAUGAUGACCAACAACCCAGCUGCUGGUCCACCAAAGAUCAAGGUUGAGCCGAUCUCAGACAUGGAGUCGGAGGAAGAAGUUGAGGUCACAGACAUUAGCGAAGAGGAGCAUGAAGAUGAGGAAUGUGAUGUAUUUUCCCCUCCCCAUCCCAAUGGUGGCCUUGCCCCUCCACCCAACCUUGAUCGUAUGACAGAUGAUGAUGAUCUAGAGGAGGAUGUCUUCAAAACCCCAGCUGCCCCUACCUCAGGGGUGGGGCUGAAUCUGUUAGGUCUUAAAGCAGAACCCAGAGAGCUAAACCUUGGCCAGGGUGCUCCUAUCAGCCCUGGGGGUACACGCUGCAUCCCCUUAAAGCUGCGUUUCAAACGUCGCUGGAGUGAGGAUCAGCGAAUGGAGGCAGGAACCGAAGAGGCUGAGGACAAGAAGAGUAGGGGUGAGAGGGAGGAACUUUCCCAAGAGGUAGACCUUAAACUGGGAGAGGAAAACGGAGACCGGAAGAGUCCAGAGACUUUGGCUGCACCCCUGGGGACAGGCCAGAGGAGGGUGAGCUCUGAGCUUCAGCGAGCGACAGCACAGCUGUCUUUAGAAAACAAUGUUUGCUGAACAAGACGUGGUCAAACACAUAAACUUACCAACCCAGAGCUGUCCUCCUUAAAGCCAGAAGGCAGUUGUUGCUCUCAAAAAUUAUGUGAAGACCAUCCAUUUAGAAAGUGCAGAUGACCAAACCAUCUUUCUGUACAUGCAGGUUCACUCACUUCAGAAUGUUGUGACACUAAAAAUUAAUACUGACCUGUUUUUUUUUUAUUGAAAUUGAAGUAAUCAGGCUCCUUCCCAAAGUUUAUUCAGAGCCCCUUGCUUACCGAACUCAUUCCUUUCUGUUUGAUGUGUUAGACUAACACCAUCCCUCUAGUCUCAUUGAAGUCUUGAACGCUUUCUUUCCCCCCCCAAGAAGCUCUCCGUUAGGAUCUAACAAUCAGCCCAACACCUUUUCAACAUGAUCAAGAGUUUACAGAAGUGCCUAAACAGGAAAUUGAUGCACCCCUGUAAAAUAUGAGCAAAGAUGAUGAUCAUGAAUUGGUCUCAAAGUCUUUUCAUUCAUGCUCAUGAAAAUUAGGGUCAGUAGACAAAGUUGCUUUUUGAAUGGACACUCUUGGAUGAAGUGGAAAGUUGCAGGGAAGGAUGCUGGCUGACACCUACCCCCUAAAUACUCAAUCAUAGUUCUCAAACAUUGUGGUUACAGACGCUCUCCUUUUUAUUUUUAUUUUAUUUUUUUGCAUACCAAGAUGAAAGUCCUAGACUUUUUGCAGAACCACCUUGCCUUUCACAUUUAAACCAUGACUCUUCAUGUCACUGCCUUCAGAGCCAUUGACGCUAGCGUGCUACCAGCCGCUAUCACUGCCGGCUCUAAACAUCAGCUGCUCAACGGACUCUGCCGGCUAACGGGACCACUCAGCAACCUCAACAUAUCUUAAGACAUGUAUAUACUUUGGGGGAAUCCUUUUAUAUACGUUCGCUCAUCUUCAUGACCACCAGCUGGAUGACACAUGUGAUUAUUCCUUCUCCAAUUUAUUUAUUUAUUUUUUAUAAUGAAGUUUCAACCCCAAGGGAAAGUAAUAGGGACAACGGGGCAACAUAUCAAAGGGCGCUAUCUGAGUUUAGCUUUUUGCAGUCAUCCCUUGAACCAUUUAUACAGUCCUAUUUUGUAAAGAAUGCAAAUAUUCAUCGUGUGUUGCACACCCCUCACAUCCAAUAGGUUGUCUUUUGAAUAUAACGCCUUCAAAUUAACAAACGUUUGUGCCUUUAAAUGAAAAAACCGACCGCCCAAUUCUUUUAAAUGGGUUGUUUUAUCGACACACAUGAGCUCACAUACAGGAGAGGCCUUAGAAACAUGACCUCAAACACUGCUUUUAUGCCUUAUUUAGUUUUGUACAUUUAAAAGAGACUAUCCUAAGUAAGAUUUGCAUUUAGAGUCCAUAUAUUCUCACGAUAGUCGUAUAUAUUUGAUAUAAGAACAAACGCUGGUUUUGAUACAAAUUAUAUUUCAGAAGGUAAAUUUAUAUGUAAGGAAGACGUUUAGUUUCAGGGCACUACAGUUCUUUACUGUGAAACGAAAGUGUUGUUAUAGACAAAGCUAAACUUAACUGACCAAUAGUUUCAAAACCCUGAAUGGCUUUGCCUUUUAAGGUCUACGUAAAAGUUUAAACGCGACGACCCACCAUGUUUGCAUUCUCCCGCUCAGUCUUGCUGCAGUGUUUUAGUUGCAGGAGGCUGUGUUUUAUCCAUGAUGAUCAAGAACCGCUAUUACAUCCUAUUUGGCUAAGCGUUUGGCUACGUCAGCUCUAUUUGUAGCAAAAAGCAAGGACUCAUGUAUGAAAUGAUGUCACGACCAUGUCCUUCAGAAAGGGACCGUAUUUUAUUAAACUGACAACUAAAAAGUGGACAUUUAGCCCUCAUCUAAGGAGGACAUAUAGGACCUGACAGACUUAACACACACUUUUUCCCCCUCUUUUUACUUUUUCGAGUUUGUUUGGCGGCCUUACACCGGUUCAGUAUCUGUAUUUCAACUGACAGCUGCCUUAUGUUAGUAAUUUCUUUUUCGUCUUGCUCUUUCUUCAAUAUAAACAGUGCUGUUUUAUUAUUUUUUAUUUUUUUGUUUAUAUUACCAUUUAUCAUUUUUAAUGUUGAUAUUAUCGCUGGUAUUUGUUUGUACCCCCUUACCUGAAUUUUACCCUCUCGAGAUGAACAUUUUAAUAAAGCGUACUCCUCUACCCUCAUUGAUACCGUGAUAGAAAAGUGCUCUGGCUUUGUAUUAAUGAUGGUUUUAAGAAAACAAGAUGGAGAGGGAGGGGGUGACAUUAUGCUAUUACGUUAUUUUUAUUUUAAUAUUACUUUUUUGGUUGUGUACAUAUAUAAAUAUAUAUUUUCCAUUUCGAGGGGAUGAUGUAAGAAAAGACAAAUAUUUCUUUAUUGUGUUCAAGGUCUCUCUUUUUGCUUCUUAUUAAAGCUUUUCAUCUGUCUCUCAGCGGUUAUGUAAUGCUUUGUAAAGAGAGACGAAACUUGACGUUACAAGGAACCAUGUAUACUUUAGUUUCUCAUGUGGUUUCUUUUGCUCUUGUAAUUAAAACUGUAAUCAGGGUUCAUUAAAACAGGUAAAAAACGGA